UAUAUGUAUGUAUAUAGAAUUUGGUUUUUAGUAUGUAAUUUUGUGUCCAUUCACAUCUAUACUUCAAAUGACAUUGAGAAGUAACCACAUAGCAGACACUGUUAACAGUUAGUUAUCUUAAGUUAUCUGAAGCACCGUGACGAAGUCCACACUACAGGCACGUUCCCAUGUUUAAGGUAAUCACUCCCAUCCAUCCAUCCAUCCAUCCAUCCAUCCAUCCAUCCAUCAAUCCAUCCAUCCAUCCAUCCAUGCAUCCCACAAUAGGCAUAUAAUGGAAAGACCAACUGAAGUACUAAGCGUUAUAUAGUCGUCUAAAAAAUGCCUGAAUAAAAUACUGCUACUAUUGUUUACUCCAAAAUUAAAACUGGUGAACCAAUUUAAUAUUUUGUUAAUCUACAAAAUUAAUUUUUCAAUCAAAAUGAUCAAAUACGUACAAAAUUGUUUAAAACUGCACAUAAAUUUAAAAUUAAGAACGCAGGUAUUAUCAAAGACACACUCCCGCGAGCUUUUCCGCCAGGAUUUAAACGGUCGAGGAAGACCUGAUCAUUUUGACAACACUCGGUAUACGAUAAAACUAACGUUAGCUUGCUAGCUACCAAAUAUUUAAAGCGCGUUUACGAGCAACGCUGGGUUACGAUUUUGCUACAAACUUCAAAAACCAAGUUUCAAAAUAAACAGCUAAGAUAGCUAUCUAGUGUGCUAUUUGGAAUAAAGUAUUUCAUUUAUACGAGCGGUUGGACCAUGUCUCUGCCACCGGAGAAAGCAUCCGAGCUAAAACAGAUGAUUCAGGAUCAUUUAAUUAAGAUGGACAUCCAUGGAAAAAUUCGGGAUGUUCUUGCGGAAACCAUCAGGGGUGAGGGAGACCACGGACAGCGGCCACUCUCCGAAGAAGACUUUUUAACUGCUCUGCAGCGCAGGGGCAUCGUUGAUGACGUGAUGAAAGAUCUGAAUUUCGUUAAUGUGGCAGUGCCACCAAAAAAUGCAGAUGUUCUGAUCAAGUCUUCAGCUUCCUUCACUGACAGGGACAUUAACCCUACACAGCUUAAAACAACUAAUAUCAGGCCAUUGAGGAGAUACCUGUACCUGCAAGUUCUGGGGGGAAGGGCCUUCCUUGAACACCUACAAGAACCAGCACCUUUGCCUGGUCAGGUGUGCUCUACAUUCACACUCCACCUCCACUUCCGCAACCAGCGCUUUCGCACUAAACCUGUGCCAUGUGCCUGUGAGCCAGACUUCCAAGAUGGUUUUCUUCUUGAGGUACACAGAGAUGGUCCAGGUGAUGCCAGUAAAAUGGCUGAUGCCACCACCAUGUUGUCCAUCUGUGACCCGGUGCACAUGGUGUUGAUUAGGACGGAUGCCUCUGGGGACACAGUCCUGGUCUCCUCUUAUUUCCUCGACUGGCGAUCAGUCCUCAGUGCCCCCAAUGGGAAAACAGCCAUAUCCGUGGAACUGCUUGGUGUAGGCAGUGAGUGUAAAGUAUCCACAGGCGUUCUUAACCUAAAGUUGGAGAUGUAUCCUCCCCUCAGUGAAACUCUGAGUCCUGAAGUUAUCAGCACACAGCAGUCACUGGAGCGGCAGAAGACUGCAGAAAAGGAGCGUUUGUUUCUGGUUUAUGCUAAGCAGUGGUGGAGAGAAUUCUUAGAGAUACGACCCUCUCACCAGUCCAAACUAGUCAAGAUUUUUGCCCAGGAUGAGAAUGGUGUUAACCGUCCAGUGUGUUCAUACGUGCGUGUUCUGCGUGCUGGCCGGUUGUUGGAAAGCCCACGGCAAGCGGCUCGCUUUGUCAGUCUGUUGGCCCAGGAGAGAGCGCCUGUGGUGGGCGGAGGGGCCCGGCAUGAGCAGUGGUGCAACAUGAUGGCCUUCCUCUGUAGGAACAAAGGUGAUUGUGAGGACCAUGCCACGCUGUUGUGUAGUCUGCUGUUGGGCUUUGGAUUGGAUGCUUAUGUGUGUGUGGGCACCAAGGGCAAAAACAACCCCCAUACCUGGGUGAUGACCUGUGGUAAUGAUGGCACUGUCACAUUCUGGGAGAGUCUGACUGCUCACAGGUAUCUGCACCAGCCAAUAGACCCAGAGGCCCCUCCACUGGUUCCCCAGCCCAAACCCACCUACCCUUACUGCACAGUUGGCUGUGUCUUCAACUACAAGACGUUCCUGGCCAACUGCCAACCCUCGGACAGUGUAGAGCUGUGUGUGUUCGACUUUGCCGACAGUUCCCGCUGGAAAGCCAUGAGUGAGGAGGCGGUGCGGUCGGUCUGCGCCCCUGGCUCGACCUCCUCUCUGCCCCCAACCCCGCCUCUCUGUUCCCCUUCCAUACAGUCUGCUGAAGCCAGCAACCAGCUUGAACUUGAGAUGCGCUUUUUGCUGGCUGAGCACAGGAAGGAUCUGGGUCUGGCUACAGUAUGGGAUGAUCACCUGUGCUACCUGCUGUCCUCAGCUCUGGCUGCAUAUGAGCUGGAGCGCUCAAUGGGGGUGUCAUGCGGAAACGAGGAGUUUCAGGACGGUGUGCGCAGAGCCGUGCCUGAUGGGCACACCUUUAAAGGCUUCCCUAUUCACUUCUUGCACUGCAAUGCCCGCAGAGCCUUCACCACCUGCCUCAGGUCACCCUUCUGUGAGGAGAUUUUAUGUUGCCGUGGAGACCAUGUUCGAUUGGCAGUGCGGGUGCGAGUGUUUGCCUACCCUGAAUCAGCCUGUGCUGUGUGGAUCAUGUUCGCCUGUAAAUACAGAUCAGUGCUAUGACCGAUGGCUAACAACUUCAAAUUGUAUUUAUAGUACAGUCUGGGACUGCUUUACUUCUCACAGUAUACUUGGAUUGUGUGCCUUUUUAAAUAUGUACAAUUUUGUAUGUACAAUAUAUAUUUUAUAAAUAAAUGAAAAUAAUAAACAGGUCUGAGGCUUCAGCAUGUCCAUUCAAGUGUAUCUAAUUUUAAGAAAAAACAUCGUUAGUCAGGUUUCAUCCAGCUUUACGUUUCUGCAAGUCCUCAUUUGGGUCCAGUAGAUGGCAGUGUUCUCCCGAGUAUGAUAACGUUUGGAUAUUUAAGUUAAAUCACAGAUCAGAUCUAUGCACUCAGCCAUCAUUCACAGUACACCUAUGAUAAGUUACCCCCUCAGUGACUACUGCAGCACUCAAAUUUUCAGAGGUAUACUGAUUGCAUCCUGUAGUCUCUGUUUCAGUUCAUGAGCCCAGAAAUACUGCUCUCACUGCGAAAAUGGUGAUCUUAGAUGAAGGGUUGUUUGUGGCAAUUAAUGAACAUUGGG